AUGGAGGCUCCCAGGAAGAGUAAUGUGACCUAUCAUUUCUUCGAUACUGAGAAUGGCCCAUUGCGUCAAAUAAAAGCUUUGAUUACUCCUGACCAUGUGGGUUUAUUCCGGGAUACUUAUGGCAACAUCUUGCCUAUGGUUGAAGACUUGGAUGCUUCUCAGAGGAGUCUGAUACAUACUUGCUUGCAGUUUUAUGAUCCUCAGUUGCGUUGCUUCACUUUUCAGGAUUUCCAAUUGGCUCCUUUAUUGGAAGAGUAUGCCAUGAUCUUGGGUGUUCCUCUACAGCAUUGUGUCCCUUUCAACUCCGAUAUACCUCCUCCAGAGUAUAAGGAUAUUGCUAAGGCCCUUCAUCUGGAAGUGUUUGUUAUGAAGGAAAAUCUCUCUUCUAAGGGAGGUCUGUCUGGUUUUCAUCUGGAUUUUGUGGUAAACAAAGCCGAAGAGUGUGCUGCUCAAGGCAAUUGGGAGGCUGUGUGUGCUCUAUUAGCAUUGAGUGUCUAUGGUAUUAUGCUAUUCGCCGAUGAACCGAAGUUCGUGAGUAUGAGUGUUAUUCAUAUCUUUCUGCUAAAGAACCCGGUUCCCACCCUACUUGGUGAUUUCUAUUUUUCGGUGCACAAUAAGAAUGAGAAGAGACGAGGGAGAUUGGUCAGAUGUUGCGCUCCAUUGUUCCAUAAGUGGCUCGUGGGGCACUUGCCAAAUGACGAUGCUUUUUUGAAUCCGCAUCAAGCCAGGAAUUGGGCUAGAAGGGUUGUAUCAACUACAACCCGAUUUAUUUUGAGAAGACAAUUAGGGUAUGCCUUGACUCACGCUCCUAAGGAUCAAGAUCUGGUGGAAUCUUUCUACUUCCCAGUGCAAGAUAAUCUAGAACUGGUUAAGCAAGCUGCUGGAGCUUGGAGGAAUAUUCAGACUAAAGGUGCUACUAUCUAUGGAAAAUGUAACAACAUCUCUUCUUCCCAGUAUGACAGUUGGUUGCGAGAAAGAGCUUGGAUUACUCUUCUACCUUUUUCUAUGGGAGAACCAUCUGAUCCAGUUAUUGUUGAGUCUGUCAGCAUGGUUGAGUACAACAGUUUGAAGCAAGAAAAGGGAAAAGUCGAUAAGUUGAAUGCGAAGCUGAGUGAAGGCCUCAGGAAAACUUUGUGCGCUAAGAAAGAAGCUGAGAGAGAAGUUCAAAGAUUGAAUGAGCUGCAAAGACAAAGCAAUGAGAGGAUUGUUGAAGAUGCUGAUUAUAUCCGUAAAGUCUGUUCAGGUGAGGAUAUACUGAAGAAAACUUGCAAGGCUGCUAAGGAGCAGUUAGGAAGAGCUGAAUAUAGGCUUAUUGAGCGCCAACAAAGGUGGGAAGAAUUGUCUGAUCGCCGAAGACAGGUUGAGAUAGAAAUCAGAGCCGAAAAUGAGCAGUUGAAGAGUAAGGAGAACGAGCAGCAUGAAGCACUUCGAUUGGCUGAACAAGAGAUCGUCGAACUAUAG